CAGCAAAAAAAAAAACAGCAAACGUCAACGGAACCGAAUGCAGCUUGCCUGGCGGUCUUGGUGCGGUAUUCCAAAACAUCCUGUAAUUAUUUCGAUCUUACAAACUGUUCCACCGAAAAGUUUUUGAAUUCAGGACAGGACAACAGUACAGGAUGUUUAAAAAAUUCGACGAAAAAGAGAGCAUCUCCGGUGUUCAACAGCUAAAGUCCUCAGUGCAGAAGGGCAUCCGGAAUAAACUGCUUGAGCAGUUUCCGCACAUCGAGACCCACAUUGACCAGGUGCUGCCGAAGAAGGACCAGUUUCGCAUCGUAAAAUGUCACGACCACAUCGAGAUCCUGGUGAGCAGUUCCGGCGACCAGCUGUUCUUUCGGCACCGGGAGGGCUCGUGGAUGCCAACGUUGCGGCUGUUUCACAGGUUUCCCUUCUUCCUGCCGAUGCAGCAGGUUGACAAGGGUGCCAUCCGGUUCGUGCUGAGCGGAGCGAACAUUAUGUGCCCGGGGCUGACCUCACCGGGGGCCUGUAUGACUCCGGUCGACAAAGGCACCGUGGUGGCGAUUAUGGCCGAGGGGAAAGAGCACGCACUGGCGAUCGGACAGACGACACUUUCCACCGAAGAUAUUGCCAAAGUCAACAAGGGCGUGGGAGUGGAGAACUGUCACUACCUCAACGAUGGUCUCUGGCAAAUGAAACCGGUUAAGUAAAGGUCCACCACCAUCCUAUUCGGAGCUGUGUUCUCUUAUAAAUCUAAACAAGAUAUAAAAUGUAAAAUUUCCUACCAGGUAAGGUUUAAUAAAUUGAUGUGCGCUUGAUGCAAA